UAUCAGAGAUUGUGUCAAUAAUCUGAUUUUUUCCCGCCUAUGUUCUAUAUUUAAAUCGUUUGAAUAGGUUACCCAACCACAACACAUAAGUGAAGAAAGACAAAAUCUUCUAAAUUAGUUAAGCAAUCUAUUCAAGAUGUUUCGCACACUGUCCAUUGAGCCGAUUAGAAUUGAGGAGCGCUCCAAAGAUGAGGUCCGUGCUAAUAUAUUAGUGUUCGCUGUCACCUGUGCCCUUAUCCGCUUUAUUCCGAUAAUAGUGAGGAAAUUAUCGUAGUCAAGACCAAGGAUGCGAUUGUGUACUUCCGUUUUGACUGAGAUAAAGCCGAAUAUAUAUAUUAAAAAUAUUUAAAUAUAAACUAAUAACAAUUAGGUGUUAUAUUAAAAAUAAAAACAAAAAAAUAUGUCGCUAAAAUUG